GAAGUGUUUUCUGUGAUACCCGAGAGCAUGCUAGUUUUCGUAGUUAUCUUUUUUUUAAAGGGGAGUCAUUGAAAGUGAACUUUUUCCUUAGCUUUACGUUCGAGGAUUGAGUGGAAAAGAAAAGGCGCAGGCAGUGCAGUUUCCGGAGGACAAGGACUGUGUAGAGCAACCAGGAAGUGGCUGGGCUGGGAGUUGUCCCGGGUUCCCGCUGAGCUGUUAAAGACUUCUUCCCUGGGUCCCUGCGCCGAGGCCAGGCGCCCUUCGUGAGUCCUGCUCUGAGAUAGAACCCGGCUCCGGCCGGCUGUUCCGGAGCUGCCAUGUCAGCCGACUUCGAAGGGUACGAGCAGGACUUCGCAGUGCUCACUGCUGAGAUCACCAGCAAGAUUUCCAGGGUCCCUCGACUCCCUCCCGAUGAGAAGAAGCAAAUGGUUGCCAACGUGGAGAAACAGCUCGAAGAGGCCAGAGAACUGCUUGAACAGAUGGACUUGGAAGUUCGAGAAAUCCCACCCCAAAGUCGAGGAAUGUACAGCAACAGAAUGAGGAGCUACAAGCAAGAAAUGGGGAAACUGGAAACGGAUUUUAAAAGGUCACGGAUCGCCUACAGUGACGAAGUACGGAAUGAGCUCCUAGGGGAUGCUGGGAAUUCCUCAGAGAACCAGUUGAUAAAAUUACGUGAGGAGAGGGCACAUCUGCUGGAUAACACGGAAAGGCUGGAGAGGUCAUCUCGGAGACUAGAGGCUGGAUACCAGAUAGCAGUGGAGACCGAGCAAAUCGGCCAAGAGAUGUUGGAAAACCUGAGUCAUGACAGAGAGAAGAUACAGCGGGCGCGUGAGCGACUCCGGGAAACAGAUGCAAACUUGGGGAAGAGCUCUCGGAUUCUGACUGGGAUGUUGCGAAGAAUCAUCCAAAACCGCAUCCUGCUCGUCAUCCUGGGGAUCAUCGUGGUCAUCACCAUCCUGACGGCCAUCACUUUUUUUGUCAGAGGACACUGAGGCGUCUGCUCUCCCUUGAUAAACAGUGAUCUUGGCUUGUUCUGAGUAAUUAAGACAAAAUGGUCACAUGAAUCAUUCUUUCGUGCUGACAGGCCCCGAGUGACCCUCUGUCUCUCCCUUACCACUGCUGAGUGCAGAGAGUGUGACAGCAUUUUCUACUCCUGUCUGCAUGUGGGUUGGUUUCCUUUCUGAGGUUGGUCUUUGCCCAGAUUUUUUGUUUUUUAUAGGUAAAGGCGAAGGCUUAUUUGCCUUUAGGUAACUUCAUCUGCUGUCCAAAAUAGCUUUGGUGACAUUCUUCCUAGUCUUGUGGCCUGGGGUCAGGGUUUGAGAGAGGCCAUGAUGACUCAGUCACAGGAGCUUCUGUGUGUCACGUACCCCACUUUACCAAGCAGUCUUUCUGCGCUGUCCAUGGGAAAAAAUGCCAGAAAAAUCAGAGGCCAGAGGCAGAGAGCAGCUCCAGGCCAGCCCCACCCUUUCCCAGCACAAUGAAUGCAGCCAUCCUGCCGGUGCAGCUUCACUGCAAAGGAGCGAAUUUACUGUCACUCAUACAGAGAGCUGGCCUAGCCUUCUCCCUGGUUUCUUAUGGCACACAUAUGUACGUGUGUGUAUAUUUAUUGCACACAUAUGUACGUGUGUUUAUAUUUAUUGCACACACAUGUAAGUGUGUGUAUAUUUUGCCUAAGAGUUUUUGCUAAAGCCGCUCGAUGUCCACUUUUCCCACUUUGGUUACUGGCAACAAGAAAUAUCCCCUUGCCUUCCCCAGAUGCCACCCUCCCCAGAAUUUACUGGCAGCGUGAGAAUUGACACAGUAUUUAAUUGUGACCACAUCUUCCCUGACCUGUUUCUGUAUCUUCUCAGUUUUAAUAUGAGCUCAGUCAACAGCUGUCCUCAUAUACACAAAAGGUCUUGAAGGUUCUCGCCACGUCCCUUCCAAUGUGGAAAGACAGCAUCAGUCUUUGAGAGAGCCUGAACAGGGUUCUUCCACUGGGGUGAAGUGUGCAUUGUGGUGAUUAAAAUGGGUGGGUCCACUAGGAAAAAACAAACAAACAAACAAACAAACAGAAGCCCUCGGUGGGAAGUGUCCUGUAGCCUCUUUCAAAGAAUGAGGAAUUGCAGACAGCUACACAAGAGCCACUUGCCUUUUUAGUGACAACUGGUUAGCAAAGCCCACCUCGGUUCUCCAUGCAUUCAGUCCUCUAGCACCCUCCAUGAUUUUCUUCCCUUUCUUUCUGUCUGGAGUAACUGGGAAUUGUGCUCAAAAUUGUUUCAUUUGUGAUCAGGCUUAAAAAUUCCCCAGCUGAGGUCAUUUCCCCUCUGGUCAUGAAGCAAAUGUAUUCUUCUUAAGACUUCGUAGGUCAUUAAAGGGCCGCACGCACUAUCUUUUCAGUAUAAUUGGCAGCUUUGAAAUCUUGAAAAGCCAACCUGUUCUCUUCAUAAAAAAUGCUAACCACCUGUGCUCAUGGAGUAAGAUCAUGCUGCAGUUGAUCUCCUAACACACACACACACACACACACACACACACACACACACACACACACACACACUCA